CCCCAUUGACGACAGUCUAUGCCAUGUGUCAGCGUGCUAUAAUCUCUACUCUUCCUUCUCAUUCAUUUGUGCCACCCGAGCGUUCAGCACAUCUUGUUGGCGAUCAGUCCUCCCUUGGUCUUCGGGUACCAUCCUUGAGCUCAGGGCGCAUUUCUGGUUUUGGUGGUCGUGGUAGAGGUCGCGAUCUAGAUCGCAGUCGCGGCGGCUGUAGUCUUCGUGGUCGUGGUAGACGUGGACGAGGACGUGAUGGUUCCCGCAUUUGUUCACAUUGCGGUGGAACUAAUCACACUAUUGAUUAUUGCUGGCAGCUACAUGGUUGUCCUACGUAUGCCGCUGCUUCUGUUACUUCCACUGUUACUUCUGAGACACAGUCUUCCACCCCGACAGCUGAGCAGUCUACUUCAGGGGAGUCUUAUUAUUUCUCGGGCGGCAUAUGAUGCCCUUAUGCGGCUUCACAUUCGGGAUAUUCCUGAGCCUUCUCACGCAGCUUCGGCCCAGUCAGGUACCGCCCUUCUUGCGUCAUCCUCUCCUACCUCCUGGGUCAUUGACUCUGGAGCUUCCUCCCAUAUGACUGGACCUACAGACGAAGAGAGUGAUUGGUGGGGGGCAUGAGCGAGGAGGCGUUUAUCUUCUCGAUGAUACACCUGUUGCCGCUUCUAGUACCCUUUCUCUAGAUCAAGAGUCCAUGACUCGGUGGCAUUGCCGCUUAGGCCACCCAUCCAUUGCUAGAUUGAGACUUUUAUUUCCCUCCUUACCUGUCACUAAACCAUUAUGCUGUGAUAUUUGUGAAUUGUCUAAAUAUCAUCGUGCUACGUUUCCUCCUAGCUCUUCUGAGAGGAAAUCUCAACCUUUUCUUCUAGUUCACUCGGAUGUUUGGGGACCAGCUCCGGUUACCUCGACUUUUGGAUUUAGAUAUUUUGUUACCUUUAUUGAUGGUUAUUCCCGCAUGACUUGGAUUUAUCUUUUGAAAUCUAAAAGUGAAGUGUUUGACGCGUUUAAAGUGUUUUAUCAUGAAGUGUGCGCUCAAUUUCAUUGUUCCAUCAAAUCCCUCCAUUCUGAUAAUGGGAGAGAAUACAUGUCUGCUGCCUUUCUGUCCUUCUUGCAGGAACGUGGUAUUUUAUCUAGGACGUCAUGUGCUCGCACUCCUCAACAAAAUGGUAUUGCAGAACGAAAGAAUCGUCAUCUUCUUGAAGUUGCUCGCACCCUUCUACUUGGUAUGCAUCUACCCAAACAUUUUUGGGGUGAUGCUCUUUUAAUUGCUACCUUUCUUAUUAAUCGUAUACCCUCACGUAUUCUGUCUUAUAAAUCUUCAUUUACUAUUUUGUAUCCUCAUGAUAAUCCAUUUCAUCUACCACCUAAAGUUUUUGGUUGUACAUGCUUUGUUUAAAUUUUGGAUGGGAGUAAUGAUAAACUUAGUCCCAGGGCGAUUAAAUGUGUCUUUAUAGGGUAUACUCGGAGUCAGAAAGGUUAUAAAUGCUUUGACCCAUUGACUCGCAAGAAAUAUGUCUCUGCCGAUGUCACCUUCUUUGAGGAUCUUUCUUUUUUCUCCUCUCCAGGCCGAUCCCUCUGUGAUCCUCUUGCGCGUCAGGGGGAGUAUAACUCUUAUCCUCUUUCCACUAAUGAUCAUGGGAAAACUCCUCUCCCCUCUAUUCAGCAUCCUGUUGGUGAUAUGGGUGAGCCUAAGCCUCUGCGGGUGUAUCAGCGUCGAGAUAAAUCUUCACAAGCUCAGUCAUCUACCCUUCCGCUUACUUUGGAUGUUGGUUCAGGUGACUCUCCUAACUCGAGUUUAGAUCUUCUCAUUGCCUUGCGCAAAGGGUCACGAUCUUGUACUCAACACCCCAUUAGUAAUUUCGUUUCAUAUGAUCAUCUUUCACCGUCUUUUCAGUCACUUGCAGCUUCC